AUGUCGUGUCUCCUCCUUCCCCUUCUCCAUUUCUCCUCUUGCGAAGCUUCGUCGUCGUCGUCGUCGUCGUCGUCGUCGUCGAAGGGGAGGGAGUUCGAUUACUUCGUGUUGGCGCUCCAAUGGCCCGGCACCAUAUGCCGAUCGACCCACCAUUGUUGCUCCUCCAAUGGCUGUUGCGGCUCAAAUCCUCUGACCUAUUUUACAAUUCAUGGGCUGUGGGCUGAUUAUGACGAUGGAACAUGGCCAUCUUGCUGCAGUCAUUCUGGUUUUGAUAUUAAUAAGAUUUCAUCUUUGUUACCAACACUUAAGAAGUAUUGGCCAUCAUUAUACUGCAGCUCUUCAUCACGCUGCUUUGGUGGAAAAGGACCUAUUUGGGCACAUGAGUGGGAAAAACAUGGGACAUGCUCCUACCCAGUAAUACAGGAUGAAUAUAGUUAUUUCUCAACAACCCUUGAUCUCUACUCCAAAUACAAUGUUACGAAAAUUUUGGAAACAGCAGGUAUUGAAGCUACAAAUGGUGAGAAAUAUUUGUUAGGAGAUAUUGUGUCUGCCAUUAAAAAAGCCUUUGGGGCAUCGCCGUUACUGGUUUGCAAGCAUGGCUCGCUGCAGGAACUCAGAUUGUGCUUCUAUAAGGAUUUUACGCCUCGUGAUUGCGUAAUUGGAUCAAAUAUUGUAGACGACUCACCGAACUCGAGAAACUCUUGCCCUCGAUACAUCAGUUUGCCAACAUAUACAUUUCCAUUUCCGGUUAUUGGAGAGACCAGCGGAGCAAUCGCCCGGCUGGCCAGGAAACAUCCCGAGCUCUUCGCGACAUCAUAAGUACUUGAGACUUAAAAGUUCGGGGAAACCAAGUACAGUAAGAUCGAGAUCUACAGUAAGAUCGAGAUGUCAUGUAAUAUAUGUAACAGUUCUAUAGGUGCUCAUCAUCGUUAGCAUUUGCAUUCCUUUACUAGGUGGCAUAUUUGAAAAGAAGUGAGUCGUAUGUUACUGAAAUUAAGGUGUAUAUGUGGGCACUUCGUCACUACUUGGUGUGCACACUCGCUUUAGAAUUCCAACAACUAUUGUGACGAUUUAGAACCGCAGAUGUCGUAUCUGAUACUGGGCUAAAAUAUUGUUUUUGCUUCCUUGCGGCCUUGCGGGCUUCGAAUGAAAAGCUAAAAUAAGUUUUUACA